UGGCGCUGCUAACUAAACGUCAUCGUGUGCUAGAUACUCGAUGGUCGAGUAACCGUCCCGCGCCACACGUGUGAUUCUCCCGCUUUAAAGACAAAGCACGACACACACUUUUGCAAGAGUUUUAAAGACUCUGAAGUAUCGUGCAAAAACAUACGAUUGUAUCGUGAGUUGCAUUUCUGCAAAUCUUUAUCGCACUGCUGUUAUUAUUGUUGCUAUAUACGUGUAUAUAUACGUGUAUACAUAAUCAUCGUGUAUAAUUAUUAAGUUUAUUCAGUGCCGCGUGCGUUAUUUAUAAAUCUAACCAACAACUUCGAUCUGAAUUGGUGAUUGUUUCAAAAUACUCCUGUAUUAGUCUCCAGCAUGGAUUCUUUUGAAAAAGAAUAUCCAGAUUUGGCAGAUGUUUGCAAACACUUUUGGGAUUGCGGAAUAGAGUCAGAGCAAUUUUACACAGUUGAAAUUUCAAAUAUUGAGUCACUUUUAAAGCCUUUCUCAAUAAGUAAAAAAAAUUCAUUUAUCUCAUCUUAUUUUUUUGAGAAAAAUUUACAUUUGGAUAGAAAUAGUGAAUCCUCUUCAAAUACUAACAAUAAUAUUAUAAAUAAUAAGAGACCACAUUCACCAGAAGAUACUAUUGUAGCAGAAAUUGAUAAUCCCUGUAAGCGAUCAAAUUUAGAAACACCAGUGGAAGGUUUUAAUUUUUUUUUCCAUCUCUAUAGAUUAUUUUUAAUUUUUGUUGUUGAUCUGAUUAAAGUAUGUAUUACAGAACCAUUUACUUUUAAAAAAAAUGAAAUUUAUUAUUUAAUUGAGGGCAGUGACCAAGGGAAUUUUAUUUUGAGAAAAUAUGAAAAAUUUGGAAAAGUCGACUUUUCUAAAGUUAUUCCCAUUGUUAUAUACAGAUACAUUAAUAAAGACCCUCUGUUUUAUAUGUAAGUC